CUAGGAGCACUUUCAUCGUAUCCAAAAACAACGUAUUUUAGCUCCCCACCGUUUACCACUUUCUGAGAAACACGGUUUCGCCGCAUAAAAUAAUAUCGGAGUCUGUUUCUUCAACUAAUCAUCAUCCAUCAUCAAUAAUUAAGCCCAAAAAGUCAUAACCCCUGAAGAUUCUCCCAAGUUGACAUCAAGUUUCUUCUUUUUUUCCUUUUUGCUAUAAAAAUAAUCACAGCCCUCAAAUCCUUUGUCCAUCAAUUCAUUCCAAAUCCAAUUAGUUCAAUCCAUUUCCAAAAGUUUUCUUUCAAAUAUUCCAACUUGAUUCAAAUUUAGUUCAGACUUCAGACAUAAACUAAACAAUGGCAGCAUCAAUUUCAGCUUCUUCUUCUUCUUCCAUUAACUCCCAAUAUCUUGCAAAUUCAGUACCUAAGCCAUUUUCUCCAAUUAGCAGAAGAUCAAGAUAUGGAGCAAGAACAACCACAUUGGCAAUGAGAAGAAGAUCAGAGGCAGGUCAUCAUCAAGAUUAUAACUGUGGGAGCAGCAGGAACAUGGUGGAUGAGAACAUGAUUGUGUUGAGGAAAAGGAUCCAUGAGAUGAAGAUGGUUGAGAGGAAUUACGAGCCGCCUUCUGAAUGGAUGGACUGGGAGAAGAGUUAUUACACCAGAUAUGAUUCCAUGAUCUGUGAAGCUGUUGGGAUCCUGCAAUUGAUCUUGAUGAACACUAGGCCUAGCUUAGCUAUUGGGAUGAUUGCUCUGUUCUCCAUGAGUGUGCCCACUUCCUUGUUUGUGGUCAUUUCUCAGUUGAUGGGCUUUACCAAUGGAAUUUUGGCUCAUGGGAUUCCUUUAUCUUGAUUCAUACUACAAUUUGCUGAUCUGCUCUUUGCAAAGAUAGGAUGAACUAAUGGAUUGAGCUUAAUUUCAAGCUCUGUUCUAGCUUCAACAGCAGCUUUGAAGUUGAAUGCUUUCCCAAGUAAAGGAAAAUUUUAUUAGAGAUGAGAUGCGAUUUGUUUAUAUGUUGUAGAUUGAUCAUUUUUGUAGAGAUUUUUUUUUCUCUUAGAGAGGCUUGGUUUUGGGUCAAUUUUGUGUGUGCCAAAAUCAAGUUGCUUCAUUCAUUUAUGUGAUCACAUCCAAUUAUUGUGAAUGAAUUUCAAAAUUGCUAUUUUUCCAUCUGCUUAAUCAGCCUUCUACUACACAAUGUAAAGAAAAAUCAUCCACGAGACAUCUGUUAUGAAUUAAAUUGGUUUUUUACAGAAAUGAGAACUAGUCUAGCGUCUAGAUCUAGAGGAGUGAUAAAGCCCAACUAAUACUGUAUAUGGUCUGGUUUGGUUUGGUCUGGUCUGGGUUUUUUCUUCUUGGAUUUGGAAUCGCGCCUGCUUGAAAUGUCAUCCAGAUAAGAUCUUACAAAAAUAUAUGAUUAGGCACAUGAACAUACUGUUUGUAGUUCUAUUCUUACUGUUUUUCCCUA